AUUUACGGGUAACUCUCCCCUCUCCCAGGCUUCCUGAAUGUCCCACCGGCUUUAUUUGUUAGAAAACAGUUUGAGUUUGAGAUCGAGAAUCUUUCUAAAUGGAAACGAUAUUGCCGAUUGCUGCACAUAUGGCAUCACGUACUACCCAUGUGUGACUGGCAGCUCCAGCAUUGGCCGCCAUAGCUGCAUCAGCCUCUGAUCGCAGGUUUGCAGACAUUUCUAAAAGCAGAGGCCUGAAAAGGCUGAGCGUCCUGAAUGAACAGGAAAAGACCGGGGCUUGUGGUUGUCCGGCCUUGAUGCUCACUCCUCCUCAUACCAGAGGCUUCAAACGCAGACAUGAGCCCAUCCGUCCACAGAGUCUGCAUGUUCUCCCCGAGUGUGACUUUCCAGGUUCCUUCCACAGUCCAAAGACGUGCAGUCAAGUUCACUGGAGACUGACUUACCCGCAGUUGAAGUGGGUGUUUGUCUGAGUGUGGCCUGUGAUGGUGAUGAACCAGGUCAGUACCACACAUUAAUUAAUAGAACUAAUCCCUCUUCUAGCAGCGGGGAUACAUUAAAGUUAGAAGGCCUUAGAACGGGUCGGCUCUGAAUGGAUUCAUGGGAUGAUCUGCAGCUGUAGCGCUGGUGUCUGUGACAUUUUGAGGUUCUUUUUUUCAUCUGGAUAAAGUUGAAUUAGUUGAUGCUGAUGUCAGAGAUGUUGCCAUGGCCGCCCCUCAGAGCUGUAUAAGAGCUGCGGUGCCGCUGCAUGGGUUACUGCAGUAGUCAGCGAUGAGCUGUGGGAUCUGACCCAGUGUUGCUGUGAUUUGUUUCCAACAGGAUUCACAUUCUGUGAUUCGUUUUUUAGAGAAAUUAAUUAACAUGUUUGGAUGCUGUAUCAGAGAAUUUGAUGUGUUUUUCUGGAGCGUUUUCUUUAGUCUCAUGAACCUGCUGAGUUGAGUUUUCUCAUUUAACACACGUUUAACAGUUUAUUUGUGCUCAGUCGUACACAUUGUGUCUGCUUUUGUUUUUCUAACUGAUCAGAAAACAGAGAAAAGGACAUUCUUUGUGUGUUAAAGGGACAGUUUUAAUGUUGUGUUGAUGAGUGACUAUUGUGGUACAUGUCUGAGGUUUCUGCCUCUGACCUCUGCUGAUGUUUUUAAUCCUUUGAACUGUUUGAGCGUUUGUGUUUCUGGACUGAACACAGUUCAAAGACAACUGAACUAGAUGUUUGAUGCCUCUUGGAACCUCUGGACAUGAAACUGUUGAUGAUGGGUUAUCAUAAUUCCAGUUUUUGUCAUCUGAUCUGAUGGAGAAUAACACUGAGCUUGUCUUUGUGCUUCAGGGUCUGAAUGAUUCUCAGACAAACCGGCGGUUGUUCCUCACCUUUGCCCUGAUGUCGUACCUCAUCACUGUCUUCAUCAACCUGAUGCUGAUCACCACUAUAUGUUUGGAAAAAGGGCUUCAUGAGCCCAUCUACCUCUUUUUAUGUAACCUGUGUUUCAAUGGAAUCUGUGGAGCGUCUAGUUUCUACCCGAAGCUGCUUCACGACCUUCUGCUCGACUCCUACGUCAUCACAUACACUGGCUGCUUGACCCAGGUUUUCGUGGUGUACAGUUAUGUUUUCUGUGACUUCACAACUCUCUCCGUUAUGGCGUACGACCGCUACCUGGCCAUCUGCAGGCCUCUGCAGUACCACUCGCUUAUGACGGGGCACAAGGUGGCGCAGCUGCUGCUGCUCAGCUGGAGCUUUUCGCUGCUGGAAACGCUGCUUGCUGUGAUCAUGACGUCACAGCUCACAAUCUGCAGCCGCCAGCUUCACAAGCUGUUCUGCACCAACUGGGAGGUGGUGAAGCUGUCGUGCUCGAACACCACCGGCAACAACGUGUACGGUUACGUGGUCAUGUUUUUACAACUGUCACAGAUGGGAUUCAUCCUGGUGUCCUACACGCGCCUCGUCCGGGCCUCACUACAGUCACGGUCCAACCGCACCAAGUUCGUUCAGACGUGUUUGCCUCACCUGGUCACGCUGCUGGUCUUCACGUCUUCUCUGCUUUUUGACACCUUGUACUCCCGUUAUGGCAGCAGCUCGCUGGUGACGCUACAGAACGUGCUGGCUGUCUGGUUCCUGGUGGUGCCACCGCUCCUCAAUCCCAUCAUCUAUGGCAUCAACCUGCGGCAGGUCAGGUACAGGAUUGUCCACAAGUUCACCCGCAGGCUGUCACUAAAUCAGCCUGAAGCUGGCCUCAGAUUCCCACAUCGCUCUGUCUCUUGAACUGUUGUCAUACUUGACUGAGAUGAAACUGAACAUAUAAUCAAUGGUUCCCUGAAGGCUUUUACAUUUACUGUUGACUAGAUAAUAUACAGUUAUUUGUUCAUCCUCUAUUUCCUAAUCAGAAAACUGGAGCUGCUGAUUUCAGACAAUGUAUUAAGAAAAUUUUAGUUACAUGGUGGCAGCAUUAAAGAAGAACUCGCACACCUUUA